AUGCCUUCCAACUUGAAAAUCGUUUUCGGCGGCAUGUCUCUAGGCAAAGAGGGCACCGAAGUCGCUCGCGUCCACUCCAUUGACACCGCAGCUGCUCUUCUCGACAUCUUCGUCGCUCAUGGACACAAUGAAAUUGAUACAGCUCGUAUCUAUGGGUCAGGCACUAGCGAGGAGUACUUCGCUACACUAAAAUGGAAAGAUAGGGGUUUGAUCAUGGACACCAAACUCUACCCUACCGCUCGGAUCCCCGUGCCUCUGAAUAUUCCCGAGUCCAUGACUUUUACUCAUAAUCCCGAAGAUCUACGAAGGGGGUUGAUGGAUAGUUUGAAAGCUCUUGGGACGGAUAAAGUUGAUUUAUUUUAUCUUCACGGACCAGAUAAAUCCGUUGACUAUGAAAUCACACUCCGAGCUGUGAAUGAACUUUAUUUGGAAGGACACUUCUCGAAGUUUGGGAUUAGUAACUUCGCCGCUUGGGAAGUUGCGCAGAUUUGUGAGAUGUGCGAUAAGAAUGGAUGGAUUAAGCCUUCUGUUUACCAGGGGGUGUAUAAUUGUUUCAUGCGUGGUGUGGAAGCAGAGCUGGUCCCCUGUUUGAGAAAAUAUGGAAUUUCCCUAUAUGUUUUUAAUCCUCUUGCUGGCGGUCUUUUGACGGGCAAGUAUACCCGAGACACCGAGGUUGUUGAAGCCGGAUCCCGCUUCGAUACCAAGUCAUUCGCAGGUAAAAUGGCAAGACAUAGGUACUGGAACGAAUAUUUCUUCGGAGCUUUGGAAAAACUCACCCCCGUGGCUGAAAAGAACGGGUUGACUGUCACGGAAUGUGCACUUAGGUGGUUAGUGAACCACUCUAACUUGAAAAGAGAGUUUGGAGACGCCGUUAUUGUUGGGGCGAGUAGCACGAAGCAUUUGGAAGAGAACUUGACGGAUUUGGAGAAAGGAGAGCUGCCGGAAGAGGUCGUCAAGGCUAUUGAUGAGGGGUGGGGAGUUGUCUCUGGCGUACCCUUCAAGUACUUUCAUUAA